AUGUUUAAUGAACACUGUAAUGAGAAAACCAACUCUACCUGGACAUGUAACUAUAUACCAAAGGCUGUACCCGAGAAGUAUGUGCAUAUUCGUAUUGUUGACUUUAAGCGAAAAGACAAAAGUGUUAUACUUAACAGCUCGAGUUUUGCUGAUGAAAGCUGGUCAAAAGUCCAAACUUUGGAGUUCGUUGACACAACUGGAAGGGAUUUGACAUGUCUUUUUUCACAUAAAUGUUUUAAGGGAUUAAAAACACUGAAGGAAUUACGAAUUCACAUGAACUUUUUCCAGUUUGACCCCGGUGUCUUUCUUGGAUUACCUUCAGUGCACACCUUAGAUAUGAGCAGGUGCUACCGUCUAGUUAUAGAAGAUCUAGCCGAACAACUAAAAGUACCGAAUACACUACCUUGUUUGCAGAAACUGUAUCUGUCCGAAAUUGGCACAUAUGACAAACGUAACAAUAUAAGUCUUUCAGUCGUGGAAGCUCUUUCUCUAAGAAACAUAAAAUUAGUAGAAAUCAGCAAAACUCAGAUAACAUCUGCUAAUGUUACGGCGAUAGUUAAAAUGUUGAAGUCACUGGAGAGUGUAAAUACAUCAUAUUCGACAAUCGCAGAUACAUGGAUUAGAGAUAUCACACAGGAAGAUAUGUCACAUGUGAAAGUUGUUGACAUAAGUUACACGACUUUACCGUCCAAAAUAAUUAAAAUUCUUCCUGGGAAAUAUGUCUUUGCAAACGCAUCUGUCAAUUAUUCUGAUCUGAGAAGUUCAGAUCUGGUGAAAAGUAUAUUUACCCUCUUAGUCAUAAAUGUGAGUGGCAUUAUUCCUCACACCUCGACAAUAUGGAUUUAUAACAUCACGGUUACACUUGAUGAAGAUUUACACUGGAAAGUAAAGCAACUGAAUCUUAGACAGAACAAUGUAAGAUAUGCUGAUGUAGUUUUGAGAUGUCCAAUAUCUAAACUUACAUCUCUCGUUAAUCUGGACUUGUCAGAUAAUAAACUGCAAAUGCUUCAUCCAACGACUUGUGUACCAAAUUUAGAAAAAGUUGACUUAUCUAAAAACAAUUUGUUCGAGAUGCUAGAACAGAAGCCAGAUUUGUUCGAAGAAUUAUUUUAUGCCCAUACUAAACUACAAGUCAUUAGCCUCUCAAACAAUAAACUUCUUAUGGUACCUCCAAAAUUAUUCAAACACAGUAAAUAUAUCGAAAUCAUUGAUCUCUCUUUCAACAAGCUCGAGCAAUUACACCUCGAUCUAAUAAACUUACAGCAUCUCCGUGUUCUCGAUGUAAGCAAUAACAUGAUAAAGAUACUUGAUGAAGUGUCCAUCAAAAAUUUAAACGAAAUUCCAUGUGCAAAGUCAUUGAUGUCUGGAGAAAAUCAAUGUUCAAUCGUCUUCACAGCAAACCCGAUCAGAUGUUCAACCUGUGAUAGUAAGCCUUUCAUCGAAUGGCUUGUUAAUUCAAAGAAGGUCGAUAUGAAAGUCCAAGGUCUAUCUUGCUCUAGUGAAGAUGGUUUAACUGUAAACAUUGACGAGUCAGCUUUAAGAAAAGUUCAAAGUAUCUGUAAUCGAAGAGUUAUCAUUAUCGUUUCGAUUGUUUCCACAGGUGUAACUUUCCUAGCAAUCACAAUAAUAUUGUUACUUUUGUAUAGACGAAAAAGAAGGCUCCGGAGAAAGCGAAACAGGGAAAAUGUAAUAAACCUGUUAAUCGAAGGUGAAGGACAAUACGAGUUUGUAGUUUUUCUGUCAUACAGUAGUAUAGAUGAUCAGUUUGUACAGGAAAACGUGAUUGAUCAACUCAACGAGAAUCUUCAGUUGAUGACCGGAAUAGAUCGGAACCUUGUCUGCACGGGGGACACGCAUUUGCGUCCUGGCUUCAUGGUACAAGAUGAGACCAUACAAUGUCUAGACAGGGCUUCAUUGAUCAUUAUUGUGGUGUCCAAUAACUUUUGCCGCAGUUCGUAUUGUCAAAAUGAGUUUAAUCAGGCCUAUAUGCAGAGGAAACCAAUAGUUUUGUUGUUGAUGGAUCAUGUAGAUGAGGAACUAAUGAUGCCUACACUUAGGCAACUAUACAAGAGGGAUGUUCGGAUUUUGUGGACAUUCGAAAAUGGUCAGUUUGUACUGAAAACCACUUGGGAAAAUGUUUGCAGAUCAGUUUUGGAUAAAGUUCAAGUCUAG